AUGGGUAAAGUUGACACAUCGAGUUUGGAAAAUAUGGCCUCGGUUUCGCGAAAAUCUUCACUGGCACACAUCUCAGGAUCUAGCGAAUCCUGUAAAGUUUGUGGAGAUGGCAACGCCAAAACACAUUAUGGUGUGGUGACGUGUUUUGGGUGCAAGGGAUUCUUUCGAAGAACGCUAAAAAGGCCGACGGAGUACACAUGCCGACACAACGGCAACUGUGUAGUGGAUCGGCACGAGCGGAACUCUUGCAGGUAUUGUCGCUUCAAAAAAUGCAUCGAAGUUGGAAUGGAUCCAAAAGCGGUUCGACCAGAUCGAGACGCCACCGGAAGGCACUAUCAAGGAAGACAGCGGCGAUCGAAAUUAUCGGCCGAUGAUGAAGGGGAAGUCGACUCGGAAUGGACUCGAAAACUGCCGGUCGACAUGCGCACGACUCUAAUGCAGCUAUUGAAUAUCGAUUUAAUCGUUGACGGUGGUGACGGGCACACGGAGCCGAUGAAGAUCUACCCACUUCCAUUCGAUUCAAUUCGAAAGUUGCUGGACGAUCCCACUUUAUUGGAUGGGAAACGCACAGAGAUGAGAUAUGAGGCUUUUCGCGAGAUAACUCCCGAAGAAUUACCAGGAAUUGCUCAUGGCCGACUAAUCGCCAUGAUUGAUUGGGCCGACCAUCUUUUCGAUAUGAUGGAUAUUCAUAAUAUGGAUGAUAAAAUCACAAUUGUCAAACAUGCGUAUGCUCCAUUGAUGAUAUUCAGCUUAUGCGCGAACACAGCUCGCCACAAACAGAAGGACAUUGUAUGCCUGAGCACAUUUGGAUAUCUGAACCGAUAUGCUCCAAACAACUGGCAAGAACCCUAUCAUUUUGGCAACCAUUUGGCUGAAAGAUGUAUUGAUGAGCUUAUCGAUCCGUUGAAGAAGAUGAAUUUGAAGGAAGAAGAGAUCACAUUGAUGAAAGCGAUUGUUGUUUUGAAUCCUUACAUCAAGUCGUUAUCGCCAGAAUGCGCUGAAGCUAUAAUGGAUCUUCGUGAUCGGAUUCAAGAGACAUUGUACCAUGUUGUUCGAGAAACUCAUCCGAAGGAAGUGGCGAGCAGCAGAUUCGGGAACUUGUUGCUUUUCAUUCCAUCGGUGAUGAUGCUUGGAAAAGUUGUUAUUGAAAACUUGGCAUUCGUUGACAGUUUCGGACAAAUGAACGAUCGAUUGAUGCACGAUUUGUUGUCGGAAUCGACAUCGCACUCCUCACCCAUCGACACUUCACCAGUUGCCAUGCCGCCAGCUUCACAGGAGGAGCAAUCGCCGAGUCUGACUCGACGACAUUCGGAGCCUCGAAUGGUGCAUUCAUCAAGUAGCUCGUCUAUUGAGAGCCUUGCCAGUUAUCCAUCCGGUUCAUAUGACAAUCAAAUUGGAAGUCUUCCAUAUAAUUUGUCGUGUAAUUCGCUGCCAUCACAAGUUCGUGAUUUCGAUGUAACGAUGAGUGGAACAUCGUCGAUGCCGAAUUUGGAAAUGACCGAAUGCGAUCCGGAUUAUAAUUUGACAAUUACGCCGGAUAUGUACCCAGCGCUAGAUAUGCGACAGGCGAUCGUUCAGCAGUCAAUGGAGACCGAUGAACAACCAAAACAGCAAGUAUCAUCGUCGCAACCACUCACUAGGCAAGAAUCUCUUCCUCCGAAUCCAACUGAUCCAUCACAUCCAAUGUUUUACAUUUCAACAGUCGAGAGUACUAAACAUAAAUUUACGGUUACCACAACUUCAUAUGAUCGCAUUCAAAACGGCACCAAUGGCUAUCCCGUUGAGGGCUAUUCAAAUAAUCCGGGCAUGAUAUCGCAAACCUCCUCAUUCGGUCAGAUGCCAACACAAAAUGGCCAACAGCAGCAACAGCAGCAAUUGUGCAAAACGAGCUCGCUUCCGCCGCAGUACGUUCAGCAGAACUACGAGCAAAUGCAGUCGCAACAGCAAUAUCAAAUGGAAUGCGAUGAUGCCAAUUUUAUCAAUUUCAAUCCGCAGCCGUAA